CAGGGAACCGUGGAACCAUGUCGUUACUAACAAACUCGUUCCUCCAUGGUGUGCAACGCAUUCGUUCAGAAGAGGAAGUUGUAAAAAGUAGACAGGGGUCUUGAGGUUCCCUGUCUGUGAAGGAAGUCUUUCAAGAUGGGACCCAUCUACUUCGUGUAUAAGAUGCUCAUAGCCCGUUCUUCAGAUAUCUCUCUUGACCUAUUCGCCCUCAUCCUCCCACAAACCUCCGCCGUCAAGCUGCAAGGUUGGACCCUCCCUGCUCAUUACCUCUUACGGCCUCAGCCCAGCUCUAGCUCUUUCGCUGUUAUUUGCGCUCCAAACUUUCAGCCGCAGCCAUGAGGUAUUCACUUUCACUUGCCUUGUUGGGUGUCGCAGCCGUCACUGUCGUGGCGCACCCUCACGCCAAGGCCAGUCAUGGAGUUGAGCGCCGUGCCAUUGACCUGGAUGCUUUCCGCCUCCAAACCACGGCGAAGUACGUCUCCAAGGAGGAGGUUCCUGACCAGAUGAGCCUGUCGUUUGUCUCCAGCGACAACUACGUCGAUGUGGCUACCGACCUCGUCAAGAGCGUUGCACCUGGUAUCGAGUUCCGCGUCGUGGAUGACCACUACGUGGGUACCAACGGCGUUGCCCAUGUCAACUUUAAGCAGACCGCCCACGGGAUUGACAUUGACAACGCUGACUUCAACGUCAACAUUCUUGAUGGCAAGGUCUUCAGCUACGGCAACAGCUUCUUCACUGGAAAGAUUCCCGAGGAGAGCCCCCUGAAGAAGAGGGACUUCUCCGACCCCACUGUCGCCCUCACUGGUGCUACCAGUGUCCUUCAGCUUCCCGUCACCGGCGAGGCCAAGGCUGAAGCCAAGGAGGGCACUGAGAUUUACACCCUCAAGGGCACAUCUGGUGCCGUCUCGGACCCAGAGGCUCGCCUUGUCUACUUUGCCAAGGACGACAGCCUAGUUCUGACAUGGAGGGUUGAGACGGAUGUUGAAGACAACUGGCUGCUGUCAUAUGUGGACGCCAACAACCAGGAGCAGAUCCACGGCGUUGUCGACUACGUCUCGCACGCGUCUUUCCAGGUCUACCCAUGGGGCACCAACGACCCCCUUGAGGCGGGUGCGGCCCGCCAAACUCUCACGGACCCCUGGGACAAGACGAGCUCGCCUUUCGGCUGGCUCAAUGAUGGAACCACCACCUACACCACCACUCGGGGAAACAAUGCCAUCGCUCAGUCUAACCCUACCGGUGGCAGCGCCUACCUGACCAACUACCGCCCCACCAACGCAAACUCUAUCUUCAGCUACCCGUGGACUCCUGCCAUGUCGCCACCGAGCUCGUUCGUUGACUUCUCGGCCACACAGCUUUUCUACACAGCCAACGUCUUCCACGACCUGCUGUACAAGCUCGGUUUCACUGAGGAGGCGGGCAACUUCCAGGUCAGCAACAACGGCAAGGGCGGCCGCGCCAAUGACCAGGUCAUCCUCAACACCCAGGACGGCGCCUUUACCAACAACGCCGACUUCUCCACGCCUCCCGACGGACAGAACGGCCGCAUGAGGAUGUUCAUCUGGACCUACAGCACGCCGCAACGCGACUCCUCCCUCGAGGCCGGCGUGGUCAUCCACGAGUACACCCACGGCCUGUCCAACCGCCUGACCGGUGGACCGUCCAACUCUGGCUGCCUCAGCGCCCUCGAGUCGGGCGGCAUGGGCGAGGGUUGGUCCGACUUCUUCGCCACGGCCGCGCGCAUCAAGGCCAACGACACGGCCAACACCGACUACGCCAUGGGAGAGUGGGUGGCGAACAACCCCAAGGGCAUCCGCUCCUACCCUUACAGCACCUCGCUCUCGCGCAACCCCCAGACCUACGCCACCACCAACAGCCUCAGCUCGGUGCACCCUAUCGGCAACGUCUGGGCCACGGUGCUGUACGAGGUCCUUUGGGCCCUUGUUGCCAAGCACGGCCUCCAAGUGUCCACCUUCCCGACUUUUGACGCCAACGGAGUCCCGACCUCGGGCAACUUCCUCGCCCAGAAGCUGGUCGUCGACGGCCUGGCGCUCCAGCCCUGCAACCCCAACUUCGUUCAGGCCCGCGACGCCAUCAUCGAUGCCGACCAGGCCCUCACCGGCGGUGCCAACAAGUGUGCGCUCUGGACCGCCUUUGCCAAGAGGGGUCUGGGCAGCGGUGCCACGUACGCCGCGAGCAAGAGGAGUGUCGAGAGCAUGACCAUCCCCACUGGCGUCUGCUAGAUGGCUUUGCUGGAGGCGAUGGAUAUGACGGGUUUCUGUGGCCUGGGUUUGGAUAAUGGCACCAGGUGGGCUCACAGUUGAAGCUCUUUGUUUAUUUGUAUAUAUCUUUCUUUGUCCAUUCAGUGUAAAUAUUGUCAUACAACGCGCAUAUUGAUGAAUGUAUCUUUCUAUUCAUGA